CAGAUAGGGCGCAGCAGCAGUCAGCGCAGCACUGUAAUUUGCUCCGGUCGGAUCCUCAGAGGCUUGAUGGAGGGUAACAACACCCCCCUCGACUGUGGCGUUGACAAUCGAGCGAGGGCCAUAGCCAUCUCCAGCCUCUAUUUCCUGCUUUUUCUCCCUGCUCUUCUGCUCAACCUGCUGGUGGCUUGGAUUUCUGUGCACUUGAAGUCCAAGACCACCUUCAUGGUCUACCUGAAGCACCUGGUGGUGGCCGAUCUCCUGAUGACCCUGACCUUCCCCGUCCGGGCUGCUAGCGAACUGCCAGGCAUCACGGACAGACUGCAAGCUUUCGCCUGCCGCUACUCGCAUGUCUUCUUCUACCUGGCCAUGAACAUGAGCAUCAUCUUGAUGGGCCUCAUCAGCCUGGACCGCUUCUUCAAGAUCGUGCGGCCUGGAGGGAGACUUCUGUGCCAGAACCUGCGUUUCAGCAAAGUCCUGUCGGUUGUCAUCUGGCUGCUGCUAAUCAGCAUGAAUACCUUGCCAGUUAUUAUUACGACAGACCAAGACCAUUUAAGGAACAAUACAAACAAAUCAGAGCUUUGUAUGCGCAUGAAAAGUGAUAUCGGAAUAAUGUGGCAUGAUGUCGUCGUAUGGUUCGCCUCCAUUAUUUUCUGGACGGCGUGUAUUGUGAUCAUCUUAAGCUACAUGUGCAUCACCAAGAAAGUGGUGGAAUCGUAUCGGAGGUCACGCAGCAGCAAUGAUCAGGGGAAGCGUAAAGCCAAGGUUCGGGUUUUUCUGAUUCUUUUGGUUUUCCUGAUCUGCUACGCACCUUACUACAUCGUGCGGCAACCGUACACCAAGGCACAGGUCAACGACAAGGGCUCUUGCACCAGACCCAUACUGAAAGUCGUUAAGGACCUCACCCUGUGGCUCUCGUCGACAAACGUAUGCUUGGACCCCUUGAUCUACUUCUUCCUGUGCAAGGCGUUCAGGAAAAGGUUUAUGGAGACUUGCGAGAUCAACAGGUUAUUUCCGUCCUUUGGUAAAACUGCAGAACCCUGUCAGUCAUCAGACACUUCGCUGUAACCUGUAUGUAGAAACAGCGGCUCUCUUUUUUCUUCUUGGGCAUUUUACACAAGCACUUGUUACACAACCGCGUAACGGACAAGGCCUGGGUUCCUGCGAAAGCCGCAUCUGAGAGUAGUGGACAUCUUGUUUUUUUAAAUAACUGUCAUGAACCUGCAACAGCUGAGGGGGUGGCACGACAGAGGUCUGAAAAUGGAAGCCACAUCACAAAGCCACAGUUGCAGUUUGUGAAGCACCGCUGAGUUUUCUUUAGAGCUCUUUCAGCAUUGUGUUACAAAUUAGCAGCUUUUUAAAUCAACUGGAGGGCCAAUUUCUGAGCAAUAGGUUUAGAAUAAGGAGUGAAUCCCCACUGGGCUUCAGCCAAAGCAGAGCUUAAUUUGUGUGAGGAGGACUGACCGCAGGAGAGGGCCAGUGAGGCAGUUUGAAGCCAUUGAAGUCAUUUGAUUGCCAUUGUGACAAUGUAUGGUACUGUGCAAGAGUUACAGAGUUAUUUCAGCUUGAAUUCUUUUUGCAUAUUUGUUUAAACAUUUCAAAGUAAUCUGCAGAGAUAUUUUUCUACACCUCCAAAGUUCAGUGUUAAAAGUUGGUUGAAUUUUCUGCUUU